UUGACACGUACGCGUUAUCCUCUGUAAUGUAAAAUUACGGUCUUUCAUUUUCAUUCUUUUGUCAAAUCCACUGUUAAACCCUUUUCUUCGGAAACAAACAGCCAAAGCACACAGAGUGAGAAUAAGAACAAUAAUAUGAAUGGUCAAAGAAACGGAGGAGAAGGGCAGAAGAGGAAGAUAAUGGAUGUAAUAAAGUAAGCAGCGUGUAAUCUACAGUGAUGGUUGUAAACGAAACCCAAGACAAAGUUCAGCCGGCUCGGCUUCUUUAUAAGCCCACUUCUGUUUCACGGCCACCAAUUCUCUCUCUUUCUUUCUUUAUUUUCUUUACCCUUUCUCGCAUCACUACUACCAAGCAAUUUAUACCUUACAUAAGAUAGAUUGUCCUGUCUAUUUUUUUUUUAAUCUCCUGUUUAUAUUUAAUCUUCUCUGUUAUUGCUAUUGGUCGUUUCCUCUGCUUGGAUUCCUUUGCUUUGCCCUUUGACCCUUCGCAUACAAGAAGAGAAGCUAUACCCACCAGACUUUUUCUAGUUCUUGUGAUGGGAUUUUUGUUAAAGAGACUAAAGACUUGAUUUUUAGAUUAUGUGCUUUUGAUCAAGUUUGUUUGGAUGCAUCUACGAGUUCUCAGGAUUUGAAGAGAAGAGAAGGCUUUUUUUUUGUUUUAUUUAUUUUUUGAUAAAUUGAUUUUGAGGAGAUGGGUUGUUUUCCUUGUUUUGAUUCGAGAGAAGAAGAGACUCUGAAUCCACAGAAGGAAUCCGAUGAUCGAAAGCGAAGCUUGCCUGCUGAGUCUUCUAACAUUUCCAAAUUAUCUUCUGCUUCUGCUUGGCAGUAUAAUCACAGUUUUCCGACGGAAUUCUUUGAUGGGGUGAAAUUUGCAGGUGCUGAUAGGCUUAGAAGCAAUGGUAGGUCAAAAAGAGAGUUAGCAUUACCAAAGGAUGGAUUACCUGGUGGCAAUAUUGCAGCUCAGAUAUUUACUUUCCGUGAGCUUGCAGCUGCAACAAAAAAUUUUAGGCCGGAGUCUUUCUUAGGAGAAGGGGGAUUUGGCCGUGUAUAUAAAGGGCGUCUUGAGAGCACUGGUCAGGUUGUUGCUGUUAAACAAUUGGAUAGAAAUGGCCUCCAGGGUAAUAGGGAAUUUCUAGUAGAGGUUCUCAUGCUCAGCCUUCUACAUCACCCUAAUCUUGUGAACCUGAUUGGCUAUUGUGCUGAUGGAGACCAAAGGCUUCUUGUCUAUGAAUUUAUGCCCUUGGGAUCAUUGGAAGAUCACCUUCAUGAUCUUCCACCAGAUAAAGAACCUCUUGAUUGGAACACAAGAAUGAGGAUAGCAGCAGGUGCUGCUAAAGGUUUGGAAUACCUGCAUGAUAAAGCAAAUCCGCCUGUUAUAUACAGGGAUUUCAAGUCAUCCAACAUUUUGCUUGAUGAAGGAUUUCACCCAAAGCUUUCCGACUUUGGGCUUGCCAAGCUUGGCCCUACUGGAGACAAGUCACAUGUUUCCACCAGAGUUAUGGGCACUUAUGGAUACUGUGCUCCUGAAUAUGCCAUGACUGGACAAUUGACUGUUAAAUCUGACGUCUACAGUUUCGGGGUAGUCUUUUUAGAGCUGAUUACUGGACGUAAAGCCAUUGACAGCUCUCAACCACAUGGAGAACAGAACCUUGUCUCAUGGGCUCGUCCAUUAUUCAAUGAUCGUAGGAAAUUUUCGAAAUUGGCAGAUCCACGAUUGCAGGGGCGUUAUCCAAUGAGGGGACUCUACCAGGCUCUAGCAGUGGCUUCCAUGUGCAUUCAGGAACAGGCUGCAGCACGUCCUCUCAUUGGGGAUGUGGUCACUGCUCUCUCUUAUUUGGCAAACCAGGCAUAUGAACCUAAUUCAGCUGGGCAUGGCCACCGAGGUUCUGCUGAUAAAGAUGAGAAAAGAAAUAGAGAUGAGAGAGGCGGACAGUUAUCGAAGAGCGAGGAAGGGGGAAGAUCUGAACGCAGAUGGGACUUGGAUGGGUCCGAGAAAGAAGAUUCUCCGAGAGAAACCGCUAGAAUGUUGAACAGAGACUUGGAUAGAGAACGAGCUGUUGCUGAGGCUAAGAUGUGGGGAGAGAAUUGGCGAGAAAAACGACGACAAAGUGCUCAAGGUAGUUUUGAUGGCAGUAAUGGAUAGUACCCAGGUUCUUACUUCUAACCAAGAAUCAUGAACAAGCAUUGGAAGCUAAACUUUGAGCUGGUCUACCCCAUAUGACUUGUCUUUCCAUUUUUAUCUUUUGAUCUUCUUUUUCUCAUAUUACCUUUUUUUCUUGAUACGUAGAACAAGAAGAUGAUUAUGAAGUAGAAAAAAAAUCCAUAAUCUCGAGUGUACAUUAUCUACCAGGAGAGCAAGAUAAGAACAACACGUAUUUAUAAAAAUUUUGAGAGUAAACAAGUCUGAGUCAUGUUCUGCAUUGCUCUUGUAUGUUGCUCAUGAGCCAAACCAAAAAAAAAAAAAACAUUUUCUUCUUCCUGCACUUUGUAGUCUUCUUCAAUGGCAUUUUAGCGACCAAUCUAUGUUAUUUUAUCA